CGCGGACCAAGCCAGAGUGGCAUUGUGGUCACGCUGGACGAGAUACCGGUACCUAUAGACUGGAGCCGAGAGUAUUUUUCAUCUCGACCACUGCGUCGGGGACUUUGUGCUGUGCUGUAGGUACCUAGGUAGUACAUGAUUGGCGAAAAGCAAAGCAGUCAGUAGGAGUGAAUCACAGCACAGCACCGCAUACAAGAUAAAAUCAACCUAAACGUCGCUCCAAUUUCAUCUUUCUUUUUGUAUUCCAUUCACACAGUCUUCAAACCACAUCCACUUGCAUCUCUUUCUUCUUCGCGUCUCAAUCCUGCAAUCUCACGUUCCCUGUAACAUCUCGUCCACUACCACUCACUGCAAACGCAGCAACUACCGCUCGACUACCAUGGCUCCGUACGAAGGGCAAUGCCACUGCGGCCAAACCGCAUGGACGGUGGAAAUCCCCGAAGAAAAGCACAUCCUCUGCCACUGCGGCGCCUGCAAGAUCCUCGGCGGCGGCGAAUUCACCCUCAACCAAGUCAUUCCAAAGUCCAACUUUAAGUUGACAAAGGGCGAUCUCAAGGUGUACACUUACAAGGGAGAUUCCGGCAACUCGGUCGACUGCUACAUGUGUCCUAACUGCGGGGCGAGUCCGUAUCAUCAUCAGCAUGUCAUGGGUCCCGACACCAUUGUCAUUCGUACGGGUUUGCUCAAAGGAAGUGACAAGUGGGGAAAGCCGGCUGCCGAAAUCUUUGACAAGUUGCGUCCCAGCUGGCUUCCUCAGACGGGAGAUGCUAGCUUUCCUGCGGCACCUCCGUCUUGAACGCAACGUGAGCAGAGCAGACUGGAGUUGAUUCCCACCACCCUAGCAGGCUGUUGUUGGGCAUUAAUUCGGUGAAGACUGGUCGAGCUACUGUAACCUGGCAGCGAGGUAGAUGUCUCGGUCAAUCAGUCAUCCGUCAGUCAAUUAAUCACUGCGACAGUUCCUGUGCUCUAUGCUUAGGCAAAUAUGAACUUAUUCUGGUGGAGAAAGGAAUGAAUUGCUCUUGCUCACAUUACUGGGAACUCUGGACCUUCUCAGAAUCAAAGUCAGACCAGAUGAGCGGGAAUCCAGACAGACCUACCCCAUUCUUUUCUUCACCCAGUUUCCUUCUUUUUAUGCACCGGGGGCGUGGAAAAAUCCUCAUCUACUCGACGUUUCAGUACUCGACGUUUCCGGCAAGGCAGGCUUUGUUUCUCGCUUUGAACCGAUCAAGUGAAAUGUCCUCUCACUGCAGUCGCUCCCAAAGCCACAUUGUGACAUUUGAUAUCUGCAAGUUCUAUUCGUGUAUCGUCCACCUUAUUACCCUGGACCAUGCAUGCAUGCCUUGAGAGUCCUCCAAAGCUCUAGCAUCAUUGUAGACCACUGCAGACGAGUCCAUCUUGCCAGCACUCUCAGUGAUAGUAUUAACAUUGAUAACUAGACACUUCGAAAACAUUCUCUUCCCGACAUGUCGAUCAAACUCGAAUAGUUGAUCAGAUUCAGACUCAGAC